AUGCAGGCAAAGGGAGACGUACACAGCCUCCGUGGUCAUCCCCAGAUGCAUCAGAACAACCCAAACUGCGCUUGUACAACAGUCUAACCCGGAAUAAGGAAGUCUUUGUUCCACAAAAUGGCAAAAAGGUCACAUGGUAUUGCUGCGGACCCACUGUAUACGACGCCUCACACAUGGGACAUGCACGGUCCUAUAUUUCUUUUGAUAUCCUGAGAAGAGUUUUAAAGGACUAUUUUAAAUACGAUGUUUUUUACUGCAUGAAUAUCACAGAUAUUGACGAUAAGAUAAUUAAACGAGCCAGGCAGAACUAUUUGUUCCAGCAGUACAAAGAGAACCAACCUCAGCCGGAUGCAUUACUGAAGGAUGUGAAGACCGCCCUGGUGCCAUUUGUGCGAAAGUUGAAUGAGACAACCGACCCGGACAAGAAGCAGAUGCUGAAGAAGAUCCACGAUGCAGUGACAGCUGCCAUCCAUCCUUUGGAAGAAGCGAUCAGUAAAUCGGACCCUCCGGAGGAUAUUAAGAGUUCUGCACAGAUUUUACUGAAGGAAUCAUCAGAUUUACUCUCUGAUUGGCUGGAUGCCCAGAAAGGAGGAGAAGUGACAGACAACUCCAUCUUCUCGAGCUGCCCCAAUUCUGGGAAGGAGAGUACCACAAAGACAUGGAUGCGCUGAAUGUUCAACCACCAGAUGUUCUUACACGGGUUAGUGAAUAUGUGCCAGAAAUUGUAGAAUUUGUGCAGAGAAUUGUGCAGAAUGGUUAUGGCUACGUAUCCAACGGCUCUGUAUACUUCAGCACAGCCAAGUUUCACUCCAGUGAUAAACAUUACUAUGCCAAGCUGGUACCGGAGGCCGUUGGUGAUCAAAAUGCUCUUCAGGAGGGAGAAGGUGAUCUCAGCAUUUCUGCUGAUCGGUUAAGUGAGAAGCAGUCACCCAAUGACUUUGCUCUAUGGAAGGCCUCAAAACCCGGGGAGCCAUCGUGGGAUUCUCCAUGGGGAAAGGGUCGUCCUGGGUGGCACAUCGAGUGUUCAGCAAUGGCAGGCUCCAUCUUGGGAGAAUCCAUGGACAUCCAUGGAGGAGGAUUUGAUCUGCGCUUCCCUCAUCAUGACAAUGAGCUGGCUCAGUCAGAGGCCUACUUUGACAAUGACCAUUGGGUACGCUACUUCCUCCAUACGGGUCACCUGACCAUCGCAGGCUGCAAAAUGUCCAAAUCUCUGAAGAACUUCAUCACUAUUCAAGAUGCACUACAGAGAAAUACAGCCCGGCAGCUGCGUCUGGCAUUCCUCAUGCACUCCUGGAAGGACACACUGGAUUAUUCACCUAACACUAUGGAGUCUGCCGUCCAGUACGAAAAAUUCAUGAAUGAAUUCUUUUUAAAUGUGAAGGAUAUUUUAAGGACCCCCACAGAUAUUACAGGCCGGUUUGUGAGGUGGCAGUCCCAGGAAAUUGAGCUGAACAACAGCUUCUAUACCAAGAAGGCGUCCAUUCACGCAGCACUGUGCGAUAACAUUGACACACGAACGGUCAUGGAAGAAAUGCGAUCGCUGGUCAGCCAGAGCAACUCCUACAUUGCGUCCAAGAAAUCCAAUAAACAGCUGCCAAACAGAAUGUUACUGGAGAGCAUCCGCACCUACCUGACCAAUAUGCUCAAAAUAUUUGGAGCAAUAGAAGGAGAGGAGUCCAUCGGAUUCCCUGUAGGAGGAAGCGGACAGAAUGUUAAUCUGGAGUCCAUGGUAAUGCCGUACCUGCAAGUUUUGUCCCAGUUCAGAGAGGGGGUUCGACAAAUCGCCAAAGAGAACAAAGUGUUGGGGGUGUUGAGUCUGUGUGAUGGCCUUCGAGACGAUAUCCUGCCAGAACUUGGAGUGCGUCUGGAAGAUCAUGAAGGUCUGCCAACGGUGGUCAAACUUAUGGACAAAGAGACUCUGCUAAAGGAAAGGGAAGAAAAGAAAAAGGUAAAUGAA